AGUUUUAACCGUAACCGGAAGUUGCCGUCGCUUCCUUUUGCCAUGGGCGGGGUUUCUCGAUUUAUCUUUUGUGGUAUUUCUGUACUCCUCGGAUAGCUCAAGAACCCACAGUAUUAAGCAGCCACACUCUCUCUAACAACAUGGCUGCCAUGAACAUCACUCACUUGUUUACCGGUGAUUGCCAGGGCAACCAAUACACAGCAAGUUUCGAUGCGAGACCAUUCGUGAGUGGCGCCCGCAAGAUGGUGUACAAGGGCGUCCUGACAGGUCAGGGUCCCAGGAACAAUGAAACUGUCAUCAUCAAGCCUUUCCGCGAGUUCGCUGGAUCGAAGGAGCUCUGCGAGCUGGAGAUGGCCAAGAACCACGAGGCUCACCGGAUCUGCCAGAAUUACAACAAGGUGUCCAGCUGCCAGAGCCUCCACUUCAUCCUGCCCCUGAAGGCGGAGCUGCACCGGCCUGUCGCCAUAGCGGCCAGCAACAACGCGGGCCACGUGCGACAGCUGCAGCCGGCCGAGUGGGUCCUCAUCGAGGAGAACAUCGGCGACGACUUCCGCAAGUUUGUCGACGACCGCGGCCGCAGCACGACCGCGGGGUCCUCACUGCUGCAUGCCUUCAUCCACUACUCAUACCACGUGUCGAAGGGCGCACUGGUCGUGUCCUGCCUGCAGGGCGUGCCGCAGGCCGACGGCAAGUACACCCUGGACACUCCGACCAUACAUUCCAUACAGCAGAGGUUCGGGGACUCCGACAAGGGGGAGCCCGGCAUCCUGCAGGUGUUCAUCAAUCACAAAUGCAAUAAUCUGUGUCGCGACUACACGCUGCCGAAAAUGUUAAAGAACCUCGACCCUUCGGGCGUUUGAUGUCUUCACGUCUCUGUGCACAGUGAUGACGACGUCGACAACAAUAUAUUUUGACUGAGGUCAGUUAGUAUUGCAGGGUGGCUUCAUGAACAACUCCUCCCCCCACCUCCUGGGCCACCCCUCUUCUUCAUGAUGGUGCAUGUAUGAACUGCCAGGUGCAUAUAUAUAUAUGUAUGUAUGUAUAUAUAUGUGUGUGUUAGGUUUACUGAACAUGUAAAUGUCGAAACACAUGCUUCUGUGUAAUUGCUCCCUCUGUGAUUAUUUUCACAACUUUUCAAAAGCAGAAUUAUCAAAAACGAUAUCUGUGUGCUUGUACAUGUCUACUUUGUUUUGAGAAAUGUCUUAUUAAAUUGUCAUGUGUCACGA